AUGGCCCCAUCCGGGGUUAAACCUGGUGUUAUCAAAGAUCCAGCUGUUGCUGCACUUUUCAGCCACAAAGAUCCUGAAUCGCGAUAUGAUGACCUUCGAGAAAUCGGGCAUGGAUCCUUUGGAGCUGUUUACUUCGCGUUCGAUAAAGAAACGAGCGCAACAGUUGCUAUCAAGAAAAUGGCUUAUUCAGGGAAACAGGCAGGUGAGAAAUGGGCGGAUAUUCUAAAAGAGGUGUCAUUUUUAAAUAAAAUAAAACACCCUCACAUAGUUGAAUAUAAGGCGUGCUUCUUGAAGGAUCAGACUUGUUGGCUUGUGAUGGAAUACUGCAUUGGCUCGGCUGCGGACAUUGUGGACGUUCUGCGUCAAGGGUUACGUGAAAUUGAAAUCUCGGCUAUAUGUAGUGAAACGUUGUCAGCCUUACAUUACCUGCAUCAACUGCAGCGAAUUCAUCGGGACAUUAAAGCUGGAAAUAUCCUCCUCUCGGACACAGCUCACGUAAAACUUGCCGACUUCGGUUCUGCUUCGAUGUCUGACCCAGCUCAAACAUUCAUUGGCACUCCUUUUUUCAUGGCUCCCGAGGUAAUUCUCGCAAUGGAUGAGGGCCAUUAUACGGAGAAGGCUGACAUAUGGUCACUUGGAAUUACAUGCAUAGAAUUAGCUGAAAGGCGACCACCUCUGUUCAACAUGAACGCCAUGUCUGCCCUUUAUCAUAUUGCCCAGAAUGAUCCUCCCAAAUUGGCUCCUAUUACGAAUGAAAAUCAGCCCGAAUGGUCUGAUUGGUUCAAAAAUUUCGUGAAUAUUUGUUUGCAAAAAGAUGCUGAUCAGCGACCGGCCUCUGGUGAAUUGUUGGAUGUUAUGGAACUGGAUAAUUUUCAAUAUAAGAAAAUGCGUAAGUUGAUGUACCUCGAUGAAGUGGAGAAUAAAGACGGCGAGCAUGUGCAAGGUGGAGGAUGUGAAGAGGUGGACGAUAUAGCGACUGAUUCAGGAAUGUUGUCAGUUGAAAAAGGAGAUUCAACGAGCUCGAAGAGUGGUUCAAUGAAAAGCCUCACAUCGUUUCGGUCGUUGCAAAGUAGCAGUGGCGGUAAUGGAACAGGCUCUCGCCUUCCAAUUCCUUCAAGCUUCAAACCGGAAACUACAGAAGGAGAGGGCAUUUUGACUUAUCGUUUACAGAAUCGAACUCUGAUACCCGUUGGAAAUGUUUCUCUUGAUGGCUCUGAAGCAUAUAACACCCGACCUGCUAGUCCCAUAUCUUCAGUGAAACUCGAAAGGAAUUUCAAGGAUGAUAUGGCAACGCUGAAGAAGUCCAAAUUCUCUACACUACGCUCUGCCAAGCUGAUCUCACGUGAACAAGAAGAGUACAACAAAGAGAACAAUAUGUACGAACAGAUGAAUGGUUACAAGCGUCUUCGCCAAAUGCAUCAUAAAGAGAUGCAACAGCUGGAGGAGCGAUGCGCUGCUGAAAUUGAGCUUCUUCGUUUACGUUUAGACAAGGAGCUCGACCAACUUGUUGCCGGAUAUGCCAAGGAGCGACAACGUUUCAAGAGUGCGCAUCAGAGCGAAAUGGAGAAAAAACGAAAGGAGGUCGACGAGGGCGAAAAGAAACUGCGGAAACAAAUUUUGACACGCCAUGCUCAUGAAAUGCGCUGUUUCUCCAACUCUCAGCUGAAAGAAUAUCGCCACAACAAAGAGCUUGCAAAAAACAGUUUGAAAGAACGUGGAUUAUCGCGAUCUGCCUACGAAACAGCCGUAAAGGACGUGAAAGCUCAGCUGACGCGACAAAGGACGAAUGCUGAAACGGCGUUUGAAGCGAAGCUUCGUGCGGAACUCGAGACCGAACUCGUUAAAUAUCGGCGUGCUCAACUUUCAAUGCUUCACAGCAACGAGAAGCGGCUGGACGAAGAAGACCUCAACGUCUUAGAACGUCAAAUGGAUAAUCGCCACGCAAUGUUACUGCGCCAUCAUGAAGCAACAAGGGACAUUGAAGUCGCACAACUGAAGGAGACUCAAACAAUGAGGAAGCGUCACCAGAUAAUUCAACAUGAUGCAGAGUCCACGAAUCAGACAGAGUACACGAGGAGGAAAACCGAAGAUCUGAGGAAGCGUCACGCCAUACAAAGCAGGCAACAACCAAGAGAGCUUAAGUUAAAAGAAGCACAAAUCCGGAAGCAGUUCCGUCAGGCAGUGAAGACGCAAACUAGGCAGUUCAAAUUGUACCAAACGCAAUUGAUGCAGGCUGCUCCUAAGGAAGAGCAUAAGGAAAUUGCAACACAGUUGAAGGAGGGGAAGUUGGAAUCAUGGCAGGAAGAGGAAGCUCGGUUAUUGCAUGAGCGGCUAGCUAAAGAGCUGGACGAGUUGAAAGAAUAUCAGACGAAGCAAAAAGCUCAGCUGGAGAAUACGAUCGACAAGGAACGGACGGCGCUGGACGAGCGCAUUGCUUUGCGGCGAGCUAUGUUGGAACAACGUUUCAAAGAGGAACGUGAGGACAUGCAGAAGCAACGAGAAUCACGAAGUCGAGCCAUAGCCGAAAGGCACGCUGCUGAAGAACGUCAACUAGCUAUCGACGCUAGCAGCAACUCGUCCCAUACGACCGCUCUCUGA